AUGUCGGAAUCAGUGGAAAAGCACACGCCUGAUGCCGCAAAUGCUGAGGCGCUCAAUGAGGCUCCGAUUAAGCCGAAAUGGAACCGCUCGCCAAUUUACAAUGCAACCAUCCUCGGCCUCUGCAGUUUCGCAGCCCCCGGUCUCUGGGGCGCAAUGAACUCCCUCGGUGCAGGCGGCGCUCAGAAACCCUACCUCGUCAACACCGGCAACGCCCUCACCUUCUGCCUCAUGAUCAUCUCAUGCUGGUUCACCAGCGGCAUCGUUAAAUAUGUUGGGAUAAAAGGCGCUCUCGUCAUCGGAACCAUCGGCUUCGCUCCCUACAGCGCAGGUCUCUACCUGAACAACCGUUACGGCGUUGAGUGGCUUGUCAUCUUUGGCGCUGCGUGCUGUGGUGUUUCGGCGGGUAUCUUCUGGGCGGCCGAGGCAGCGAUCGCGAUUGGAUAUCCAGAACCCCGAAAUCGAGGACGGUUGGUGGCAUAUUGGCUUUCAUUCACAAGAUUGGGACAGAUUUUGGGUGGCGCGAUUAACCUUGGUCUCAACGCUGAUCGGAGCGAAGCAGGAAAGGUCUCGUACAAGGUCUAUCUCAUCUUCAUCGCCCUUCAAGCACUGGGACCGUUUGUUGCGUUGCUUCUCAAUAAACCCUCCCAAGUCCAGCGCGCAGACGGGAAGAAGGUUGACUUGAGCAUCCUCGACCAUCCAUGGAAAGAAUUCAAGGCCACCACCCGAACAUUCCUCAAAAAGGAAUUUCUGCUCCUCAUCUUCUGGAUCGGCCAAGGAGUCUACUCUGAAUCGGUCUUCUUCACCUACAUCGCUCUCUGGUUUAGCGUACGAGCUCGAGCUCUUGGUUCGUUCGUGUCUGGCAUCGUCGCAGUUAUUGCAGGAAACCUUCUGGGUGUCUGGCUUGAUCAGAACCAAAUCGCUCUCAAGAAGCGCGCCCGAUAUGCUUACGCUGUCAUCAUGACUCUCCAAGGAGGAUGGUGGAUCUGGCUCACCAUCAACGUCACCAAGUUCAAGCGCGAUGGGCCCAUCUACGACUGGAGUGAUCCUGGUUUUGGUGCUGCAUUCGGUGUUUUCGUCUUCCUUGUCACUGGGUUCCAGCUCAACUACAACUUUGCCUUCUUCAUCAUCGGUCAGAUCUCGAACAAUUCGCAAGAGACGGUGCGGUUGUCUGCGUUGUUGAGAGGUACGGAGUCGGCAUGGCAGGCGCUCAGCUACGGUCUUAAUGCUCUUCCGAUCAUGGCAACUGUGGGAAGCACGUAUAUGAACUUUGGUAUUUGGGCGGUUGCGAUUUUUCCUGCUUGGUUGGUGAUCCGGCAGCUGGGUACAGUGGACGGACAAGCAAACAGUGACACCGACGAGACGGUUGUAGUGGAAAAGGCGUAG